CGAUGAUCUUCGCUCUUCGAACCGAACGUGGAUAGUCUUGCGCACUACGUGGCGAACCUUCGCUUUUGUUGUGGUGAUCUUCAAUGCUAACAACUACCUCCUUACGACCCUGAUUUAUGACUGUUUGCCCCCGUCAUACUCACAGAUCGCCGAACGCCGCGCCCGGAAGAUCCAACCUGUUGACUACUUUUCCUCCCACAUCAAAUCCCGGUCGCCUGUGAGGGCGCAGAGCCUACUGAUGCCGCAUGUCCCGAAAAUAUCGCCUCCACGUAGGGCCUCGCUUGUGGCGCCACCUGCUCCUGCACAUGAACUCGGACCGGUAUCCGUGAAUCAGUGUGAGGCACUAGAACUAGAUGCCGGCGCUUCGGUUCCAACUGCUCCUGCUUCAAGUCCAAGAGCUUCCAGUCCCAACAGUCUGGGUUUGAUAAGCGAGAUUCAAGCUCCAGCACUCGACUGCGCGGUAACGUGCGACACCUCCAGCACUCUCCUACAUGAUAAUGGUGAUGACUACAGUAUGACUACAAGUGGAGCAGAAAGCUCUUCAAACGUGGCCAGCAACACGACGGAAGUUUCCACUGGUGGGCGUUCCUUCAUUUUGUAGCAGUCUCUUUCCACCCCUUUUGUUGUUGUUGUCCACAUGCUGUGACCAUUCUCAGUCCUUUAGCUUUUUCAGCGGUCAUUUAUGAACUUCAACAGUAUUCACCGGGUGUUCUUGUACAGUGACGUCAUCUGGUGGAAUUGAUGGGGCUUACUACUCCGUCUAGAACCUGGGUGAGUAUCACGCUUCAAAACCAACCUUGUGAAUUAUUCAACACAACUACAAACUCACGUCUUUUCUUUUCGCAAUUUCCUGUCUCACCGUAACGAAACCGACUCAACAGGUCAGGUUUCCACGCCAGCAGUAAGGCCGCAUCUCCUACGAGCCAGGUGGCUAGCGAAUCUGUCAACGCCUCUCCCGAGGAGACGCCUCCUUCUGUCGUCUAUGAUCGACAGCGAAAGCGACAGCGAGAUGAGGCCGGGAGCGUCUUUGCCUCAGCUCUCCCCAGUGGUUUGGAGCUCUCCUGGGAGCAUGUCGGCGACGAUUUCACCGACGUCGAAUAUGUGAAUCAGUCAUCCUCUUUGUACCAAAGAAGGGUGACAGACUAUCGCCACAGCAUGCAGCAGGAAAUAAGAGACGAGGAGCCUGCCAUGAAACGAAUAAGAUUCAUGGAGGCCGAGCUCAAGCGCCGAAAAGAUACUGCAUCUGUGUGGCGAAAACGUUUGUACAGGUUACGCACAGCUGAAAAGGAAAACUAGCAAUUGAAGCUCAUGUCUAGAACGUUGUAAUUUAGCGAAAUUGACGACCUCUCCAUCACAUGCAUCAUCUCACUCAGUUCCAUCUGCAUAAGAAUGCUCUUAAAGUACGUAACCUACGAGCCCGAGACAUAAAGACGCCUUCCCCCUCAACUUGUUGCAUAGUCUAUAAUCGGUCAUCUGCUCCAUUUUUACUCAAUCACGCAUGCAUUAGCAAAAUUUUUUCGACAUAGAUGAAUGGUCCACAUUUUUCCAAGGUUAGAGUCCCCACUAGUCUGCUGCUCGUUAAAAUGCACAACGCAGCAUCUCUUCCCGACUCUCAGGCAUCAUUGAAUUCAUGACGCAGCCGCAGCCCGUGGCUGCAAACCUAUUGGUCCUCCCUUUCGCCCGUAUUUCCUUAACCCAUCCUCACCGACAUGGAAGCUUCUGCCUUGUUCCCAGAGAGAACCUCCCCAACCACCUCGACGUCUUAAAAAAUAACUUCACCCACAGUCCCUAUGAACUUUGAGGACUGCUGCCACGCGAGCAAGUGAGCAAAUAGCUGACGGCUUCCUUGUCAUAUUUCCGUGCAGC